UUACCAACACACUUAGCCCAUCCAACUCAAGAGGGGGGGAAAAGGAAAGAUUUAGAAAGCAAAGGAAACUCUUUUCUCUUUCCUCUUUGGUCCUGUUCUAGUCACUACACUAACUAAGCAAAGGAGAGAUAGAUGGAAGUAGGCAUGGAAAUGGAAGAUGAUGUGUUUUUUGCAGACUUGAACAGGCAGAUUUCCCUUCUAAUCAUGGAUGAUGAUGAAGACACAAAUGCCCACUGUCCUUCAGCUUCUCUCCAGGUAUUCUCUAGAGCAGUCCAAUUUCCACCUACACAGGCAACAUAUUCCCACAAUAUUCAGCAAAAUAAUUGCAGAAGAGAUCAAAGCAAAGGAACUGGUGUGUUCAUCCCCCAACAAUCCCAUCCCAGAAGGAAAAAUAGCAGACAAGGAAAACUGAACAAUUCAAAGCUCCAGUACAGGCACUCUGCUGAAAAUAGCUACUCAAGAGCAGCAGGGCUUCCAACUCCUGCAUCUAAUAAUUCUUUUAACCCCAAGAAGUGUUGAGUAGAUGUGAGAAAAUUGUAUAAAUAGCUAGCUUAAUAAUUUCUACUGGCUACCUUGUGUCUUUACAAGUAGUGUUGUGAGGUAAAGAUUUGGAGAAAGGCCAUUUGUUUUUCAUUUAUAUCUUGGUGACUAAUUCGGGCACCAAUCUCGCCGUUCAAUUACCAGGAUCCGAUAAAGUGUGGGCGUUCUGUCUUAAACGGCUUGAUAUAGGAAUUGAUAGCAUGUAGAUGAAAAUCAAACUCCAAGUCAAAGACUUUAUUGAGUUUCCUGGUUGUAAGGUGACUACCACUGUGUUUUUGGAAAGGCCAUUUGUUAUGGGGUUUCGCCAAGAGGCUUAUGCCUCCUUGUAAUAAAUCAUUGAAGGAUUGUUAA